AUGAGUCCUGCCGGUCGAGCCAGCUUUCAUGGUUAUUUGGAUACAAGAAUACCUAAAGACGGCCGCAUCAAGAAGUCUGGAUAUUGUUCUAUGCGAUCCAAACGAAUAAGGAAAUCUUUUAAACGCGACGCAACAUACGACUGGAAUAUAUAUAACACUUUAGUAAUUAAGGUCCGAGGAGACGGUAGAUCGUAUUUGCUAAAUAUCUCAUGUGAAGGAUAUUACGACAUAACAUGGAAUGAUAUUUACCACUAUGUACUAUAUACUAGAGGCGGUCCCUAUUGGCAGAUAGCUAAGAUACCAUUUUCAAAGUUUGUACUGGGAUCCAAAGGCAGACUACAAGAUAAACAAACGAGGAUGCAACUUGAUAGAGUCACGAAUUUUGGAAUAGCGUGUGGUGACAGAUUUGAUGGCGUUUUUAAUUUGGAAAUAGAAUAUGUUGGCUUAGAGUAUGACCCGACGCACGAUGAAGAUUUUGCCUACGAAAUGUAUAAAACAGAAAAGUUUAUAACAAAGAAGACGAUGUCAUCAGUAUCAGUCCAAAACCAGUAG